AAUUCAUAUCAAGAAAUGGGACCAGCCAGUCUUCCCUGCAACCUGAGGCAAAGAGAAAAAUGUCAUACCCUAGGAAUGCAGUGGUGUCCUUUGAAAGAGGAGGAUGCCAUUCCCCAUGUGAGGGCAAUGGAAGCUCAUGGAGGAAGACCACCAGAUCCAGAGAGAGAGCGACCAGGAGAGGAUACCAGCGUGAGACAGCGCAGCGGUCGGCCUCCUGAUGUUGGCGGUGCUGAAUGUGUAGAUAACACAGAUGCCAAAUUGCUAAGACAACUGCAAGCUCAAGAAAAAGCCCGACAAGCUGCACAAAUAAAGCUUUUGAGAAAACUCCAAAAGCAGGAACAGGCUCGCAUUGCCAAAGAAGCUAAAAAACAACAAGCAAUAAUGGCUGCUGAGGAGAAGCGACAGCAAAAAGAGCAGAUAAACAUUAUGAAACAACAGGAAAGAAUUAAGAGAAUACAACAAAUCAGAAUGGAAAAAGAACUUCGAGCCCAGCAAAUUCUAGAGGCUAAGAGGAUAAAGAAGGAAGAAGCUGCAAAAGCCAAAUUUUUGGAGGCUGAGAAACGAAAACAGGAAAGAAUUAAGAGAAUACAACAAAUCAGAAUGGAAAAAGAACUUCGAGCCCAGCAAAUUCUAGAGGCUAAAAGGAUAAAGAGGGAAGAAGCUGCAAAAGCCAAAUUAUUGGACGCUGAGAAACGAAAACAGGAAAGAAUUAAGAGAAUACAACAAAUCAGAAUGGAAAAAGAACUUCGAGCCCAGCAAAUUCUAGAGGCUAAAAGGAUAAAGAAGGAAGAAGCUGCAAAAGCUAAAUUUUUGGAGGCUGAGAAACGAAAACAGGAAAGAAUUAAGAGAAUACAACAAAUCAGAAUGGAAAAAGAACUUCGAGCCCAGAAAAUUCUAGAGGCUAAAAGGAUAAAGAAGGAAGAAGCUGCAAAAGCCAAAUUUUUGGAGGCUGAGAAACGAAAACAGGAAAAAGAACGGUCGAAGCAAGAAAAACGUGAUGGGAAAAGAUUAAAGAAAGAGCUUAAACUAGAGCAACGAAGAUUAGAAUUAGAAAUUGCAAAAGAACUAAAACGUGCUGGGAAAAGAUUAAAGAAAGAGCUUAAACUAGAGCAACGAAGAUUAGAAUUAGAAAUUGCAAAAGAACUAAAGAAGCCUAAUGAAGACAUGUGCUUAGCAGACCAAAAGCCUUUGCCAGAAUUGCCUCGUAUUCCAGGACUUGUUCUCUCUGGUAGUACAUUUUCAAACUGUCUCGUGGUGCUGCAGUUCUUAGGAGAGUUUGGUAAAGCUUUAGGCUUUAAUGGAAAUACUGAUGUUCCAAACCUGAGUAUUAUUCAAGAGGGUUUGCUGAAUCUAGGGGACAGCAUGGAUAAAGUACAAGACCUGCUUGUGAGGCUCCUGUCAGCUGCUGUGUGUGAUCCAGGUCUAAUUACAGGAUACAAGGCCGAAACAGCUCUUGGAGAACAUUUGCUGAAUGUUGGUAUGAAUCGAGACAAUGUUUCCGAGAUCUUGCAGAUCUUUAUGGAGGCCCGUUGUGGACAGACUGAGCUCACCGAAAGCCUGAGGACCAAGGCUUUUCAGGCCCACACUCCGGCCCAGAAAGCCUCGGCACUGGCCUUCCUGAUCAGUGAGCUGGCGUGCAGCAGGAGGGUGGUGAGUGAAAUUGACAAGAACACUGAUUAUAUGUCAAACUUGAGGAGAGAGAAAUGGAUGGUAGAAGGUAAACUCCGCAAGCUCCGAAUCAUUUAUGCUAAGAAAGCAGACAAGAGAGACACUUCAGGUGGCAUUGAUCUUGGAGAAGAGCAGCACGUGUCGGCCACCCCCACAGCAGGACGCAAGCGAAGAAGGAAGGGCGGGGACAGUGACGCUGAUGGCAACAAGGAGGAGGAGGAGGAAGACAAGGAAGACAAAAAAGGAAAGAAAACUGAUGUCUGUGAAGAUGAGGAUGAAGGUGACCAAGCAGCAAGUGUUGAAGAGCUAGAAAAACAGAUUGAAAAGCUGAGUAAACAACAGAGUCAGUACAGAAGGGAGCUCUUUGAUGCGUCUCACUCUUUACGUUCGAUGAUGUUUGGCCAGGAUCGUUACAGACGUCGGUACUGGAUUUUUCCCCAGUGUGGGGGGAUUUUUGUAGAAGGCAUGGAGAGCGCUGCAGGGCUGAAAGAAAUUGCAAAACAAAGAAAAAAACUAAAAAAAGCAGAAAGCAUCCAGAUCAAAGAAAUAUUUGAUACUUAUGACGACACUUUAAAUUGUUCAAAUCCAGAUCAUUGUGAGCAAAAGGAAGAUCCUAACGAAAAAGAUAACACAAAUCUAAUUCUUCAGAAACCUGGCUCUUUUUCCAAAUUAAGCAAACUUUUAGAAGUAGCUAAGGUGCCUCCUGAGUCAGAUGUAACGACCCCCAAACCAAACAGCGGUGCAGAUGGGUGCGCACUGCGUCACCAGAACAGUGGGAGACACUCACCGGGCAGCAUGCUGCCAACGGUGACACAGAACAGCAUGGAAAAGACAGACUCGAAUCUGUUCAGUACUGGUUCAGGUGGUGCAGGCAAGGUCUACAGUCCUCUCCCCAGUGACCAGUUGUUAUUGCCAAGAACACCUUGGGAGGACACUUCCCUUACCCAUGCCGAUGCGCCAACUGCUUUUUCACCAACUCCUCAGGCCCAGCCGCCUUCUAAGUCACCUUCGCCUGCCCCAGCUCCUCUUCUUGGAUCAUCUUCAGCUCAAAAUCCUGUUGGCCUAAACCCAUUUGCUUUAUCGCCUCUUCAGAUGAAAAGUGGAGUACCUGUGAUGGGACUCCAGUUUUGUGGGUGGCCCACGGGCCUGCUUACUUCCAGUAUUCCAUUUCCACCACCUGUCCCUAGUGUGGGAUCGAGGUUGGGACUGUCAGAGGGAAACGCUGAUGCAUUCUUGACUCCCAGUGUUGGGUCAAACAAAAGUGAGUCUCUAGUACCACAGAACGAAAAAGUCUCUUCGACUCAACCUGCAGCUCUUGAAGUAGCCAAACCAGUAGAUUAUCCUAGUCCAAAGCCUAUUCCAGAAGAAAUGCAGUUUGGCUGGUGGAGAAUUAUUGACCCAGAGGAUUUAAAAGCUUUGCUCAAAGUGCUACAUCCCAGAGGAAUAAGAGAAAAGGCAUUACAAAAACAAAUUCAGGAACACCUGGAUUACAUCACUCAAGCCUGCAUCAAGAAUAAGGAUGUUACCAUUAUUGAAUUAAAUGAAAAUGAAGAAAACCAGGUAACUCGAGAUAUUGUGGAGAACUGGUCAGUAGAAGAACAAGCAAUGGAAGUGGAUUUGAGGAUUCUUCAACAGGUAGAAGAUCUGGAAAGGAGAGUCGCAUCAGCAAGUUUGCAAGUAAAGGGUUGGAUGUGUCCAGAACCGGCAUCAGAAAGGGAGGACUUGGUCUAUUUUGAACAUAAGUCAUUUUCUAACUUGUGCAAGGAGCACGAUGGAGAAUUUACUGGCGAAGAAGAAAGCAGUGCGCAUGCACUAGAGCGGAAGAGUGACAACCCCCUAGAUAUAGCUGUAACCAGGCUCUCUGAGUUGGAGCGAAACAUUGAAAGAAGGUAUCUGAAGAGCCCCUUAAGUACCACCAUUCAGAUCAAACUGGAUAAUGUGGGCACAGUUACUGUCCCUGCUCCUGCACCAUCCAUUAGUGGUGAUGAUGACAGAAUUGAAGAGGACAUUGUUCCCGGUCUCAGGGUAUGGCGAUGGGCAUUAUCAGAAGCUCGCAGUGCUGCACAGGUGGCUCUGUGCAUUCAGCAGUUACAGAAAUCCAUAGCAUGGGAAAAAUCAAUUAUGAAAGCUGCAAGUUCACUGAAAAGGGGCCACAAAGACAGAAAAAGGAAAACAGAGGAAAACACCUGCAGUACUGGAGUAAAACAAGAAAGCUGUACUCGUGGAAAGAAACUGAAACAGGACAACUCUGACCUGACUCUUGGCAGUACAAGCCCUACUAAAAUGCAAACUCGUCUCAAUAAAGACAUGAAAAAAAGAAAAAUAGAGGAAAACACCUUCAGUAACUUACCAAACCAGGAAAGCUUUAAUUCUGUAAAGAAAAUGAAGCAAGACCACUCCGACCUGACUCCUUCCAGUACCCUUACUGAAAUGGACAGUCAUGAAGAUGCACGGCCUUUUGUAGAACUGCCGGAGCGCAGCACACGGAGUCGUCUGCGUUUCCGCCUCAGGGAUGGAAGACACGUUGUUAUUAAAAAUGCGUAAGCAGCUUUAUAAUAA